GGAAAUGGCUGCCGAAAACAAGCCGGAAGGACUGAAGAGAAUACGUAAUCCAGAUCGAAUGUACAGAACUGCCGUUGGCUACGCCGGCCACGCUCCUCCUAAGGGUGUCAGCGAUGACACAGACACCAACAAUGAACAUGGACAUUUGAAAAUCUACCUGCCCAAGAAGCUGCUCGAAUGUCUGCCCAAAUGCUCCUCCCUGCCCAAGGAGAGACACCGGUGGAACACCAAUGAGGAGAUUGCUGCCUACUUGAUAUCAUUUGAAAAGCAUGAAGAGUGGCUAACGACAUCCCCUAAAACAAGGCCACAGAAUGGGUCUAUGAUCCUGUACAACAGGAAGAAGGUGAAGUACAGGAAAGAUGGCUACUGCUGGAAGAAGAGAAAAGACGGCAAGACCACGCGGGAGGAUCACAUGAAGCUGAAAGUACAGGGAGUUGAGUGUCUCUACGGGUGCUAUGUCCACUCCUCCAUCAUCCCCACCUUCCACCGCAGGUGUUACUGGCUGCUCCAGAACCCGGACAUCGUGCUGGUCCACUACCUGAACGUGCCGGCCAUAGAAGAUUGCGGAAAGCCGUGCGGGCCUAUCCUGUGCUCUAUCAACACGGAUAAGAAAGAGUGGGCCAAAUGGACGAAGGAGGAGCUCAUCAGCCAGCUCAAGCCCAUGUUUCAUGGCAUCAAGUGGACUUGCAGCAACGGGAACAGCAGCACCGGCUUCUCGGCCGAGCAGCUGGUGCAGCAGAUCCUGGACAGCCACCAGACCAAGCCACCUCCCCGGACUCAUAACUGCCUCUGCACGGGGACGCUGGGUGCUGGAAGCAGCCUGCAUCACAAGUGCAACAGUGCCAAACACCGCAUCAUCUCCCCAAAAGUAGACCCACGCUCUGGAGGUGCCUACAGCAGCACCCACUCUGAAGUGCAAAACAGCGAUGUGUCUGAGGGCAAAACCGAGCACACUCAUGGGGGAAGCAAGAAUGGCAGAGCGGGGGCUGAUGGGCCAGGUGGAUCAGCCGCACGUGAGAAGAGGAACGGAAAAGUGCCCAAACCAGCUCUCCUCCACCAGAACAGCAUGGAGGUGUCCUCCACCAACCAGGUCGAAGUGCCUGACACCACCCAGAGCUCUCCCGUGUCCAUCAGCAGCGGGCUGAACUCCGACCCGGACAUGGCUGACAGUCCAGUGGUGACUGGGAUGAGCCACGUGGCCUCAGUCAUGAGCAGCCUGUCCCAGUCUGCCACUGUUUUCAUGUCAGAGGUCACCGGAGAUCCCGUCUACAGCAUGUCUCCUACCGGAGACCCCAAUGCUCAUCUUCUGGGCCCCGACACAGCCUCAAGCAGCCUGGUGCUGGCAGUUGCCGCUGACAGUCACAAGUUUGCCUUCCCUGGGGCUGUGGGUGUGGGACUGGGAGAUGCGGGGUCUACUGACGGAUUAGCCAUGCUAUCGGCGGCUAGUGUGUCUGAAGAGCUUGUCCUCUCCAGCAACCUGGAUUCUGGAAGCAUCAAGCUGCCCGAGACCACUGUCAACUUUGACCCAGACUGCUUCCUCAACAAUCCCAAGCAGGGCCAGACUUAUGGGGGCAAUGGCUUGAAGACAGAGGUCAGCAAUGGCAGCAGCUGCAGUAAUGGAGGUGUCCGCUGUUCGCCUCCUCUUAGUGACAAUGGUUUUGGCUUCAAUGCCUCCCUGGUCAAGAACAUUAAGACAGAAGACACUUCAUUUGAGCAGCAGCUGGCCAAGGAAAGUGGUUACCAGGUUGGGGAAGUGGUAAGCGGUGCAGGUGGCCUCUCCAGCUCUUCAGGCAGUGGAACUAGCCAAAAUUCCCUUGCUCUGACUCCAACAGGCUCUCUUCUGCCCUCUGGGGGUGGUCUGAGCCCCAGCACCACUCUGGAGCAAAUGGAUUUUAGCGCCAUUGAUGCCAAGCAGGACUACACCUCUACCGUGAUGUCAGCCACAGGCUAUGGCCAAGCUAUUCCCAGCCCUCACUUGGCCCACCAGAGCCACUCGCCUAGCUUCUUUCUGCAGGGCUCACCCCAGUCCACCCAGACACAGAACCACCAGAGCAAUGGCAACUCUGCACAGAACUCCCAUGACACCGCUGCUUACAUGGGUUUGUCUGUAGUCAAAACUGACUCAUCAGGUACCAAUGGGCAUAUCCACCACCACCAUGCCCACCAAGGACAGCAUGCUGCCUCCAGCUGUAAUGGCAACUCUCCAACUGAGAGAAAUGGGCAAGGUGGCACUCUCCAACUUCUGCAGUACCAAAACCACUUUCCUGGUGCAGCCCAAGAACAUGAAGAUGUUGGAGGUCUGGAGCAGUCAGCCACUUCAGAAGCAGGGGAUGCAGGAGGCCCGGAGAAGGAGACUGAGGGUUUGCUGAAGGCAGGGGAUCAUCUGCAGCCUUGUGUGGGAAAUGGGGCAGAUGGUAGUGGAUCCACAGAGCAUUACCUUCAGCAAUCAGAGAGCAGCAACCUGGGACCAGGACCUGGAAGUACAGGCACGAGGGCUAACAAUGGAGCCCUCUGUAAUGGUACCGAGGGCAGCGGAGCAGCUGGAAGUCCACAUCAACAGCUCCAGCCACUUCUACAGGGGGCUGGCCUAGUCCAGGGUCUCUUCAACACUGUGGCAGCCCACCAGGGUCUGACCACCAGUGGGGCCAGUGGAAGCGGAUCCAUGGAGAUCAAUCUAGAUCACUUUGACGUCUCCUUUGGGAAUCAGUUUUCAGACCUCAUCAACGACUUUAUUUCGGUGGAAGGCGGAAGUGGAGCAGCAGUGGGAGCGCAAGGGGGCAAUGCACUAUACAGCCAUCAGCUGUUGGCCCACUCUGGCGCAGAGGGGCAGGUAUCCUCCGGAACAACACCCCAGCAGGGUGCAGAAGAAGGGACUGCCCGUGGGGCAGCUGGGUACAACUCUACAGAUCUCUGCCUCCAGCCCUGCUGCAGCCCCCAGUCUGCCCAGUCUGGUGCAGUGGCAGGGGAGGCAGGACAGCUGGCCUACAUGCAAGUGGAAGAGGUGGUUUCUGCUGCUGUCGCUCAUGGCACCAUGGGAAUGCUUCAGGCCACUGGAAGAUUGUUUGUGGUUACAGAUUAUUCACCAGAGUGGUCUUAUCCUGAGGGUGGUGUAAAGGUUCUGAUCACAGGCCCAUGGCAGGAGGCUAGCAGUGACUACAGCUGCCUGUUUGACCAGAUCACUGUGCCUGCCUCGCUCAUCCAGCCUGGAGUUCUGCGAUGCUACUGCCCAGCUCACGACACAGGCCUGGUCACCCUACAGGUGGCAGCCAGUAGCCAGAUCAUUUCAAACUCGGUGGUGUUUGAGUAUAAAGCCCGUGCUCUCCCAGCCCUGCCCACAUCCCAGCACGACUGGCUCUCCCUGGACGAUAACCAGUUCAGAAUGUCCAUCCUGGAGCGCCUGGAGCAGAUGGAGCGCAGGAUGGCGGAGAUGGCUGGCCAGCAGCAGCAAAGCAGCGGAGGAUCAUCUGAAAGUGGAGUAGCAGGAGGAGGAAGUGGAGGAGAGGGAAGAGGCAGUGCUGACCAGGCACAGUUCUCUCCUGGUCAGGGCCAGGGCCAGGCAGGAAGCUCCUUUGAGAGUCGUGUUGUGGUGGUCUGUGAGAAGAUGAUGAACCGAGCCUGCUGGGCCAAGUCUAAACACUUAAUCCACUCCAAGACCUUCCGGGGUAUGACUCUGCUCCACCUGGCUGCAGCCCAGGGCUACGCAACCCUCAUCCAAACACUCAUCAAGUGGCGCACUAAGCAUGCAGACAGCAUUGACCUGGAGUUGGAGGUGGAUCCCCUGAAUGUGGAUCACUUUUCUUGCACACCCUUGAUGUGGGCUUGUGCUCUGGGUCACAUGGAAGCAGCAGUGGUUUUAUAUAAGUGGGAUCGACGUGCCUUGGCCAUCCCCGACUCCCUCGGCCGCUUACCGCUGGCCACAGCCCGUUCUCGUGGCCACACUAAGCUGGCAGAGUGUCUGGAAAAUCUUCAGAGGGAGGAGCAGCAGCAGCAGCAGCAGCCAGGUACACUGACUACAACUCCCAGCAUGCCUUUCUCCCCAUCUGCUGAGGGAUCAGCCACAGAGGGUUGGAUGGACGUUUGGGGGAAUGAGAGUGCUUCUGUUGGACUCAGAGGCAGUAGCAUCAGUAGCUCUGCUACAACUUUGAACACAGACUUAAGGAGACCCAGGUCAGAACCUUCCAGCUUCUACAACAGCGAAGGCCAGGGUGAUGCACCAUUAACCAAGAAACACAAGCCUAAUCCUGAGAGCCACCAAGCAAGGCCAGGCAAGCCAAGCUCUGCUCCUUUACGGCUAGAAGAGCAUGCUCACAAAACUAAAGCAUGCCCUCCCAAAGCGCCCAGGGAAGGAACUGUGGAGAAGGAGGCUGGGAAGGGUGAACAGUCUCAGACAAAGCUGGGCUCAGCCUGUGGAGGAGGUGGGCGGUGGAGUGCCAGACAGGCUGUGGGACGCAGAGGCCAGUUUGGAGGGCUUGCUAAAGAGAGGCUGGCAAGCAGGCUGAGGUUAAGAGAAGCGUCUGGCACAGGGACAGUCUCCGAGCUGCUAGCAAGCCAAGAAGAUCUGGAGAACACAGGAGACUUACAGAUGAACAUGAUGACUCUUGCAGAGCACAUCAUCGAAGCAACACCUGAUCGCAUCAAGAGCGAAACCUUUGUUGCCACAGAGCCAACACCUCUGGACAAUGUUACGGUCAACAGCACCAUGAGCUGGUUAGCCACUUACCUUGGAGAUGCAGAAAGGUUCCUGUACAACAAGCCCCUGGCUUCCUCCGCUGGCUUGGGUGGCGGCCAUUCUGGCGCCAAGCCAGAACCCGAGAGCCCUCUUGGGAAACUGGGCCUUCCUUCUCCGGCAGACUGGAGCGCAUUCCUCAACGCCUCCCACAGCAAAGAGGAGCGGGACCUCACCCAGCUGGCCCUUUCUGACCACGAGCAGAGAGAACUUUACGAGGCAGCACGCCAGGUCCAAAGCACCUUCCGCAAGUAUAAGGGGCGUCCUCUCAGAGAGCAACAGGAGCUGGCAGCUGCUGUUAUUCAGCGCUGUUAUAAAAAGUACAAACAGCUGACAUGGAUAGCCUUGAAGUAUGCACUUUAUAAGAAGAUGACGCUGGCCGCCAUCCUUAUCCAGAGUAAAUUCCGCAGCUACCACGAGCAGAAAAAGUUCCAGCAGAGUCGCCGGGCAGCCAUGCUGAUCCAGCAGUACUAUCGCAGCUACAAGGAACUAGGCCGGCCCAACGCACACUCGCACUCUCAUGCUGCUGCAGCUGCAGUCUUAGUGCAGCACAAACUCAGAAGUGGUCUACUGACCAAGAGGCAAGACCAGGCUGCCAGAAAAAUAAUGCGGUUUCUGCUCCGAUGUCGCCACAGCCCCUUGAUGGACCAUAGACUGUUCAAACGGGGCGAGAGAAUUGAAAAAGGCCAAGGAACAUGAGAGCUCGCCAAAGAGCCCCGUCGCAAUGUAACGUCCACGUCCAGACUGUUUCCCUUUCCCCUUUCUGUUUUUACAAGAGACGUACAAUUUACAAAAAGGCAAAAACUAUACAACGGUUAAAAAAAAACUACAAAAAAAACAAUGGAUCCCAGAAGACGGUAGAACAUGACGGUCACGUUACUGACAGUAGUUCAACUGAUACUAUUGAUUCUGGUACUGCCACAGCAUUGUGUAUUUUUCCUCUCCAUUUGGGAAAGUGGGGAGUUCUGCUUAAAUGAAGACUAUAUCGGGGAAAUAUGACAUUAUCUUCAUGCCAUUUUUGCACUCUUCAUAGAUUUUUUUUUUUCUUUUUUCAAAAAAAAAAUAUUAAGGAGCGAUUACCAUGGAGCCGAAGGCUUUUUACCCUGAUGGCGCUUGUAAAGGAGUUGAGAGGAUCAAGAAACACGUGACAUUUGCAUUAACGUAAUCACGCCGGAACCUAUGAUUAUUAAGUUUUUAUAUCUCGAAAGGAAAAGAACAUCAGUUUGAACAAAAAAAAAGAACAAAAAUGACAAAAGCAAACCAAAAAAAAAAAAUGACCUCAUCUCACUGACCAUAUGCAUGCAGAGUUUUCAGUCAGCUCAAUGUACCAUCUCCACAACUCUUCAUUUCUGACUAAGCCAUCCUUUCAUCCAGAGGAAAAAACAUAAAGGGAUGGGCUUCAUAUGAAUGUAGGUGGGGUCUAGGCAAAGGUUAUGAAAUAUCAGUGUCUUAUUUUUUGUGUUUUUGGAGAAAGGGAACUAGUGACGCUUUGGAUUUGGGACACAGCCAAAUCUCUGUAGGGUACCUGUUUUGUGUGCACUGUUUUUUGACUUUCUAAACGAGUCCUUUUUCUUAACGUCACCUUUCGCUGGCCUGACUUUGUGAGUCCCGUGUUUUUGCUGAAUUUAAUCUGGAAACAGUGCAUGUGUUUGAGCCAAAUGCUCCUGCAUGCUGAUGGAACUGUUUUGUGUUUUUCAUUUGGUUCUCCUUCCCUUCAUAUUUAGUGUAUUGUGGCGUUGGCAUCCAUUCCCAACAUCCUUCCAACAACCCCAGAAUCCUCCCUCUGUCCUGUCUGUACAGGUCAUUAUUCCUUUUUUUCUUGCCUUACCUCAUUUUCCUCUCCUUUUGCACAUAUUUUGAUUUAUAUAUUUUUUAUUGAAUUCAUUUUUUUCUUUUUUUAUAUAGUUGUCUUAAACAUUGUGCCACAGAAACAAUAUUUUUGCUAGGUUUACGGAACUUUUUUGCUGUGUGUGUGUGUGUGUGUGUGUGUGUAUAUGUGUGCGUGUGUGCGUGUGUGCAUGUGUGUGUGUGUGUGUGUGUGUGUGUGUGUGCGCGCGUGUGUGUGUGUGCGUGCUGUGACAUGGUUUUAGUGGUUUUCAUUGUUGCUGUUUGUUCAUUUUGAGACUCCAGAAAGCUGCCAGAAGCUUCAGUGGAGGUUCACAUAGCAUUGCCUUGACUUCUUAGAGACUUUUUGAAGGGGCCCUAUACACAAACUCCAAGUGAAAUCCAUAUUUUUGACUAUUGUGCGGUCUCUGUACAUAACGAAGACACAAGAAGGUACACGGAGAGCCAGAACAUUUAUCCGAAGAGGAUUGUAUUUAAGAAUAUAUAUUAUUUUAUUCAUAAAAGGGAUAAUAACACGAUAAGAGACAAAAAAAUAACAAAAAUAUAUUGUAUAGUUUUGUUUGAACGCCCAAGAUGUAUGGUUGUAUUGUUUGUACAUAAUGUAAAUACCUGGUGCAAAGAAGGAGCCAUGUGCAUGAAACUUUAAGACAAUGACACAGAACAUAAUAUAAAGAAAAAAAAUUGUAGUGGCUAUGGUCUGUAAAAUGAUUCAAACAAUUUCACUAUAAGAGUCUUUUAUUUAAAAUGUUCUUAUGAAGAGCAUUUACUAAAGCAUGACAUCGUUGCGAAAUCAUGAUAAAACAUAUAGAGUUAGGGGAGACCCAAAUAACCUUAUCAGAUAUGACCUCUUUGUAUUUCAUUUUCUUUUUUUGGGGGGGGGGGGUUAAAGGUUUUUUUUUUCCUUUUAUGUUGCCAAUGGUGCCAAGUUACCUGAAUAAUUCUAUUGAGAUUACUAAGUUAUCUUUCAAGGAACAGAAAAUCGCAGUGUAGAAGAAAAUAGUACUAAAUUACUUCAAUUCAUUCCACACCGGCAUACAGUAGAGGUCUCCACAGGGCACAAAGGAAUAUCAACACAGUUCUAGUUCUCCGGUCAUUAAUCAGCACUUAUACUUGUUUGAGCCCAGAAAGGGAAAUGGACAGAGGUGGAAUGAAGCUGCUCUAAAAUGAUGUGUCAUACUGUGAAUGAUGGAUGAUUUAAUGUUUGAAAUGAGGACAGGUCUAUUAAUGCAUGAAAAAUGUGUAAAUGGCAGUCUCGAACAGGGAAUCUCCCUCGACGCUGGGGAAACAGAUGAUGUUUAUGGGAUCACUAAAGCCUGUGCUGCUUCUAAUUGAUUUUAACAGGGCUGCAGUCAUCGUACCGAUAUAUGACAGUUAUAAAAACAGCGUAUCAUCACACGCAACGACUGGGAACCAUGCAUAUUACAUCUUAUGUAAGAUUACGUAAUGUUUUCUGAGACUAUUAGAGUGUUAUCUAAGCUAGGCCUCGUCAGAUCGGUUUGCACCGGCUCAGCUGAAGUGCAUCAGCGGCUCUUGGGCUGCGCGAAGAGAGAAACUUCCAAAAGUCUUUCACAACAUGGCAGGUUGGAUCAGCAGCAUAGCUACAUGAUGCUGAUACGCUAAUACUACUGCAUUAAUUUGAGCUCGAUCAGUAAACACAUUGCUGCACAGGGUGCUUACAGUGUGAAUGUGAAAUUGAUCGCGAUUCAGCUGAUCAAGACUGCCAUCCGUUCAUUUCAAACCUCACAUAAACUCUGUUUUUCUAAUACUGAACCUGUUUCAUGGCUCGGCCAUGAACUCAUGAUGAGUUUGUAUUUCUUUCUUAACUUGUGUUUAUGUCAGCAAAACGAAGUUACAUGCAAGGGCUUCGAGUUAAGCGCUCUAGGAUUUGUGAAGGAGGUUGGACAAGAAGACAGAGGGAAUAGGCAAAGCGUUCACCUUAGAAAGAAUGAUUUUUACACACUCACGCACACCAGCAGCUGCAUUCAGUCUGUUUUAAGCAGAAAGUAUGGUGCUCAUUUGCAGGUUUCUGUCUUAUGGCUUGUAUCUUUCUUCCCAUCUCAGCCCGGUUCUUCUUUUGUUUCAGUCUCUACACAACUGUGUUCGUAUGAUUUUGCAUUUUUAUUUGUCUUUGUUAUCGCAGAGAUUUAAUAUCAGUAUUAUUGUAGAAAGUGCCUAAAAGCAUGAAGCUUCAGAGAAAAAACACUUUCAGGAGUGUAUUAUUUAUAUGGAAGGUCAAUGUUAACUGAUUCCUCCCUUGUAUUUUUUGUUCUGUUUUUUUUGUUUUGUUUUGUUUUUUUGUUUUUUUAUACGUGUGGAUAUGCAAGGCUAAAAGCUGGUUUUACUGUCCAAAACAAGGUAUUCCUUUCAUAGCCCAGGUCUACCCUUCCUCCUCAACCCCAACCCUUCCCAAAAUGUGGAAAUUCCCACUGAAAAUAUUCUGCCAGUUUUUUUUUUUUUUCAUUGGGAUUGCUGGGUUGAUUACAUCGAUUCAUAUAGCUAUAUUUCAGUUCAGUUAGUUUAUUUUCUAAUGCAUACAGGGUGCCAGAUAAUACAGUGUUAGAGAGACUUGUAAAUGUACGGGGCAUUUGCAUGAGAACCAGAUUUCGGAUUGACUGAAUAAUACACUAAGCAUGCCUGUUUUUCCUGUCGGUAUCCAGAUAGGUCGGUAGAAUAGGACUAUUACUCAUUUCAUAUCACAGAGCAGUUAGUUCUUAUUUGCUGUGAGGCAGUAAGAAGCAGAGCUAGAACAGGACUCUUGACCUUGUCUUACUUGUUUUUCGUAUUUUUGCAUCAGUAUUAGCGUGAAUAGAACCGUUUCUCGACUCUCAUUCUAGGCUAUGUUCUUCCAACACUGAGCAUGCAAGCUAAACUUCAGGAAGUCAUCACCGAAUCUCAUAAAAUCACACCAAUCCUUAACACGUCAACUAUGAAGUACACUCAGUAAUGGAAGCAGAAUCUGCUUCAACCUGUCUGCUGUGUCUCAAACAACCAACUUUCUGAAAGGUUCUUUCAGCUUAGGGAACGUUCUGCCUCCCUUUUGUAAUUUUACUCAGGGUGCCAAAACGGGGAGGGAGCGAAAAAAAAAAAAAACCUCUGGAGAGACUUAAUUAGAACGGGUCAGGGCUUCGGGUCUAGCU